AUGAUACUCCUCCGUGUAUCCUCGUCACCGGUGUUCGGGGAGAUCCCUUCCCCAGCCCCCACCGCCUACGAAGCAGCCUCCAUUAACACGUCACUGCCACCCCGGCGGUCCGGCCCCACCGCAGACACCGGCCGCCAUGGACCACGAUCUCAGGGACCGCCUCCUGCUCCCUUCCUCCCGCGCCGUAGCGGCGAACGGGCCCCACCAACGCCGCGUCACGCCUGCAUCCGUCGGCGGAGGUGCGGGGGGCGGCGGUGUGGCCAUCGACGUCAACGGCCUGAAGCGGCGCGGCUGUGGGCGGCGCUCGUGGGUGCGCGUGGACGCGGCGACGGGCGCCUCGGAGUCGGUCGAGGUCGCCAAGCCGGCGCUGAUGCGGCGCCUGGACCUCCCCGCGCGCGACCUCCGCCUCCUCGACCCGCUCUUCGUCUACCCGUCCGCUAUCCUCGGCCGCGAGCGCGCCAUCGUUUGCAACCUCGAGCGGAUACGGUGCAUCAUCACCGCCGACGAGGCGCUGGUCCUGCGCGACCCCGACUCCGCGGGGGGCGCCGCGGCAGAGGAGGCCGUGCGGAGGUACGUGGACGAGCUGCAGCGCCGCCUCGUGUACCGCGCUGACGACCUGCCGUUCGAGUUCAUCGCCCUGGAGGUCGCGCUCGAGGACGCCUGCUCCUUCCUGGACUCGCAGGCUGUCGAAUUAGAAGCUGAAGCUUACCCAUUACUAGAUGAUUUGACAGCAAAAAUCAGUACCCUCAACUUGGAACGUGUCCGGCGCCUAAAGAGCAAGCUGGUUGCAUUGACAAGGAGAGUCCAGAAGGUCAGAGAUGAGACAGAGCAGCUGAUGGACGACGAUGGUGAUAUGGCUGAAAUGUAUCUCACAGAGAAGAAGAGGAGGAUGGAAGGAUCAGUGUUAGAUGACGAGGACCUUCAGGAAAUUGGCAAUAAUAGGUUUGGUUCAUCUCUCUCUGCUCCAGUUUCCCCAGUUUCGUCACCCCCUGCACCUCGGAGGCUUGAGAAGGAAUUAAGUUUGGCCAGAAGCAGGCAUGACAGCUUCAAGAGCUUCAAGAGCUCAGAUAGCAAUCAGUACAACAUAGAAGAACUGGAAAUGUUGUUGGAGGCUUACUUUGUGGUCAUCGACUACACCCUCAGCAAGUUAACUUCGCUGAAGGAGUAUAUUGAUGAUACAGAGGAUUUCAUCAACAUACAACUGGAUAACGUCCGAAACCAACUGAUCCAAUUCGAGCUGCUCCUGUCCACCGCUACAUUUGUGGUGGCCAUCUUCGGAGUUGUUUCAGGAGUUUUUGGCAUGAACUUUGCGGUCCCUUUGUUCUCGGUGCCACACGCGUUCGAGUGGACCCUCGCCAUAACAGGGGUAUGCGGCGGCGUCAUACUCUUCUGUUUCCUGUGGUACUUCAAGAAGAGGAGGCUUUUCCCCUUGUAGAUGUGGAUUUUCUCAGGCCAGCUGUGUACACGUGAGCUUUUCUUUUCAAGCUCACGGUGCUGAUCGUGCAGCUUCACCCCUCUGCUGUACACCUUUAUUAUUGUUUGUAUAUGCGACAGGUAAGUGUCGUUCUCUCAAAGAAAGUAUUUGCAUAGCGUGUGUUACUUACACCCGUUCUGACAGCUACACGAUGCGCAUCAGAGAUGGUGUUACAAACCUCCAUCUCUAAUCACUCACGAAGCUUAACACUCUGUACAAUUGCGCUCACAAAUGGAGAGUACUCGAUCCAAGGAUACUAGAGAUUCUAGAAGGACAUGGAGAUUCUAGAAGAAGUGGAGAGGGAGGGUCCAGGAGGAAGGAGAGCUAGAGAGCCAAGGUAGAAGAAGAGUGUCGUCUGUUCUGUUCGUCCUUGUUCAACCCCUUUUCUUUUGGCCGUGUUGCCCCAUAUGUACUCCUGAGUCGAGCCAGCCCGACGGGCACCAGCCUGUUCCAACCCAGCAGGGGGCAGUCCCUGACAGAUGGCAAUGCCGAUGCGGUCGUCGUAGUGGACUGGUAGUACAGUAGUACACCAGUGCUGCUACUGCGAGUUGCACUUGCACCUGCUUAUCCAGCAAAUGUAAAAUUGUCUCGAACCUGCUCUUUCUUUCUGCUAGUUCCAUGGAAUACACUGACUGGACCGGCAUACAGCACAUUCCCAUCCAAGCGUUCUGUCAGACCAUCUUUAACCAAUUUCAUUCAUGAGUCGUAUUUCCUUCCUAAAGAAAUUUUCGUUUUCUUCAAUAUUCUAACAAUUUUUCUUCAUGAUUUUUUUAAAGAAAUUCUCAAGAUUCUUUUAUUCUUUUUAAAAAGAAACUAUUGGAGAUAAGAAAAAAAAUAAAAGAAAUAAAAAUAGGGAGAAAAAUUAGAAAAAAUUAGAGAUGGCCUCAGGGACCAGCAUGCAGUAGCUGUGUCGAUUACUGAGUAUUUUUUCUGAGAAAGCGAUUGUUGAAUGAGAUUGUCUUACACGUGGAAAAAAAUGGUUGGGGGAUAAGUCGAACAGAGAUACCACAAGCAGACAAUUUCCGUUUAUAAAUGGGUGGUCCUACGCUCCGGCCUACGAGGUCCAGAGCGAGGGAGGCGCCCUCCUUGGUGCAGGAGCACCGGGUGCACCCAACCAGCCUUGGCUGGCCCAUCGGGUCAAACUAGACGGUAAAAACUAUACUCCGAAGUGGUCCAAUCGCUGUUUGGCCCCUAGUCCGGACAGUCUCCAGUAUUUACUCAAACUGUAAAACCUUGAUACUGUAGUAGUCUUUACAUAUAAAACACAGUUAAUUCUCGUAUCACCUCUACUCUUAUUUUUAAAAUUUAAAUAAUUUAUCUAUUUUUAUUAUCGACUCUUAUCCUUUAGUAU